AUGUCGUCUCGACACAGAUUGGAUCUCGAUGGAAGUGGCAGAGGCGACAGACGCAGAUCGCCGAAUCGACGAAGAUCGCGCUCGCGUUCACCCACUCGCCGCACAUCGCCCGAUUCAGCGAAACAGACAGCAGCCAUCGGCAACAUGAAAGUCCAAAUCAAUCCCUAUAACAAUAUGCCGUAUAGUAAUCGAUAUUGGGCGAUUUGGGAGAAGCGCAGUCAGUUGCCAGUGUGGGAGUAUAAGGAGAAAUUCAUGGAGCUUCUACGCAACAACCAAUGCAUCACAUUAGUCGGCGAAACCGGAUCCGGAAAAACGACGCAAAUUCCGCAAUGGGCGGUCGAGUGGGUGAAAAUGCAGGGGCAUGGAGCUGGACCAGGUCGCCUAGUAGCUUGCACACAGCCGAGACGAGUCGCCGCAAUGAGUGUGGCGACAAGAGUCGCCGAAGAGAUGGACGUGGUUCUUGGGCAAGAAGUCGGUUAUAGUAUUCGUUUCGAAGAUUGUGUUAGCGAGCGGACCAUUUUGAAAUACUGCACCGAUGGUAUGCUGCUGAGAGAAGCGAUGAACAGCCCGCUUCUCGAUAAGUACAAGGUUUUGAUUCUCGAUGAGGCUCACGAGAGAACCCUAGCCACUGAUAUUCUCAUGGGACUAAUAAAGGAAAUUGUUCGUAAUCGCGCUGAUAUUAAAGUGGUCAUCAUGUCAGCUACACUGGACGCUGGAAAAUUCCAGAAAUACUUUGAGGAUUGCCCGUUGCUUAGUGUGCCGGGAAGAACGUUUCCCGUCGAGAUUUUUUUCACGCCGGAAGCCGAGAAGGAUUAUCUGGAAGCGGCGAUUCGCACCGUCAUUCAGAUUCAUGUCUGCGAGGAGACCGAAGGCGACAUUUUGCUAUUUCUCACCGGUCAAGAGGAAAUCGAGGAGGCGUGUAAGCGGAUAGACAGAGAGAUUCAGAAUCUCGGCAACGACGUCGGUAUUCUCAAUUGCAUUCCGCUGUAUUCGACAUUGCCGCCGAACGCGCAACAGCGUAUCUUCGAAGCACCGCCUCCGAACCGGCCGAAUGGAGCGAUCAGUAGAAAAUGUGUGGUUUCAACAAAUAUCGCUGAGACCUCGCUAACCAUUGAUGGCGUCGUGUUCGUCAUUGAUCCGGGAUUCUCGAAGCAGAAGGUCUACAAUCCGCGAAUUCGCGUCGAAUCGCUGCUGGUGUGCCCGAUCUCGAAAGCAUCGGCGAUGCAGCGCGCCGGACGCGCCGGACGAACGAAGCCGGGAAAAUGCUUCCGCCUCUACACGGAAGCCGCGUACAAAUCGGAAAUGCAGGAUCAGACGUAUCCCGAGAUUCUCAGAUCCAACCUUGGCUCUGUUGUGCUCCAGCUUAAAAAACUCGGCACUGAAGACUUGGUGCAUUUCGAUUUUAUGGACCCUCCGGCACCGGAAACCCUCAUGCGAGCAUUAGAGCUUCUUAAUUACCUUCAAGCAAUUAACGAUGAUGGAGAGCUUACGGAAUUAGGAUCACUAAUGGCCGAAUUCCCAUUAGAUCCGCAAUUAGCGAAAAUGCUCAUUACGUCGACUGAAUUGAAUUGUUCUAAUGAGAUUUUGUCGAUUACUGCGAUGCUUUCAGUUCCACAAUGUUUUGUUCGGCCGAAUGAGAUGAAGAAGGAGGCCGAUGAGUCGAAAGCGCGAUUCGCGCACAUUGACGGCGAUCAUCUGACGCUUCUGAACGUCUAUCACGCAUUCAAACAGAAUCAGGAGGAUCCGCAAUGGUGCUAUCAGAACUUCAUCAACUAUCGGACAAUGAAAACCGCGGAUACGGUCCGAGUUCAAUUGGCGAGAGUUAUGGAUAAGUAUAAUUUGCGGCGGGUGUCGACCGACUUCAAAUCGCGAGAUUAUUAUUUGAACAUCCGGAAGGCUCUUGUCGCCGGCUUCUUCAUGCAGGUCGCACAUUUGGAGCGAAGCGGGCACUACGUGACCGUCAAGGACAACCAGCUUGUCAAUCUUCAUCCGUCGACGGUACUCGACCACAAGCCGGAAUGGGCUCUUUAUAACGAGUUCGUGCUCACCACAAAGAAUUUUAUUCGGACUGUUACCGAUGUGAGACCGGAAUGGCUUUUAACGAUUGCGCCUCAAUAUUAUGAUUUGGCGAAUUUCCCAGAUGGUGAUACUAAGCGGAAGCUCGCCAUGGUGUACAACACUCUUCAGAAGACGUCGUCAAUAGGUGUUUGUUUUUAUAUAAUUCGCGUCAAAAACGAAUUAUCCAUUGGGCUUCAAAUUUCGGACGAAAAGUGCAACGCAUUAUUGAAGUCAAUCGAGACGAGCUACAAUGAGAAGCUUGCUUUCACUCAGGCGAAGAGUAUUCAAUAUAGAAGCGCGGAUGCUUGGAAACCAAUAGCAACGAAUAAAUCUGUGGAGACAAAUCUGCACGCUGUAAAGUCGGGCGGUGGACUUGGAAACAUUUUGUUUGAAUUAACAUCGCUUAUCGGGAUUUCGUCGCAACUUAAAAGGAAGCCAGUUAUAAACGCUUUAGAAUUUAACACUAUCGAAAGAAUUUCAACAAAAGUUCUUCCAGUUUUUCCGGCGUUGGUCUCACAACUUCGAAUUGAAUUAUUGCAGAAGCACGCAAUAAAAUCGAUCGAGUUAAAUUACAAAUGUUGUGUUUACCACAAUAUCACGCAAUAUCUCAAUGAAUCGGCAAAUCAUAUCAAAUUGCUUGGAAAUUAUUUUCAGAGUUACAAGUACUUUCAUCAUUUGCGAAACGAAAUACGCCAAUGGCUCACACCGGAUUCAAGCGCGUUUCUUCGAGCCGAAAUGAUGAUUCCAAUCGAUCACCGAGGGCACUUCAUUGUUUGCACUCAUGUUAGAAGAGGAGAUUUUGCCGAAGAAGGACAUACAACUCAUACGCCAUCGGACCCAAAAUUCACAAGAGAAGCUACCGAAUUUCUUGUUAGAAAAUUCGGUGUUCAUCAAACAGUGGUAACCGUAAUAGUGCUAGGCAAUGACCCUGUGUGGGCGCAUUCGGUUUUUCAUGAUAAAGCAUGGCCUUCGAGUGUUCUUCAGACACCGAAAUACUCAUUCGAUCAUUCUAUCAAUACAUUAAGCUACGGAGUGAUUAUAACACCGUCGACUGCUCCUGAAAUUGAUCUUGCCUUCAGUAAAACAUUCUGUAGUGCAGUUCUUAUUACAGCACCGUCUUCAACAUUUGGAUGGUGGCUCGGCUAUAUGUCACAACGUCAGACAAACGUCUUCUAUAGAGACAUUUAUGAGUCGAGAGACCAAGUUAUUCAAGAAUUAUCACCAUCAGAUUUUUAUCCACCUGAAUGGAACAUGUUAAGAACUAUGCCUAAUGGAAAAAUUGAAAUUGCAAAAAAUGUAUAA